CAGACUCUGGUGUCCUGUUAUCUUGAAAGAUUAGUGUCUUGUUCUGUUAUAUAAUACAGAGGCGCAGGCUCUGAUGCAAGGAUAGUAUAAUACAGGUGGAGCAGGAUCUGGUGUCUGGAUAGUAUAAUAGAGGUGGAGCAGACCCUGGUAUUAUACAGGUGGAGCAGGCUCCAGUGUCAGGUUUAUGAAAUACAGGGGCAGCAGCCUAUGGUGUCAGAUUAGUAUUAUACAAGUGGAGCAGGCUCUGAUGUACGGUUAGCAUAAUGCAGAUGAAGCAGGCUCUGGUGUCGAUUUUGCUGAAGACUAAUCUUAUCUAUAUUGGAGAGUCCAGCAUAUAGCACAUGACUGGGUUAAUUGAGUAUGGACAAGGACAGGAGUCACGUGCCUGCGACAAUAUUAAACCUCACCCUGGAGAUCGUCUACCUGCUGACUGGGGAGAAUUAUUCAAUUGUCAAUAAAUCAGGUGAGCGUGUCUCACACAGCAAACGUUUGUCAGGAGGAUUAAGCAGGACCCAGAGCCCCAUCCCGGUGCCUUCACCUCACUCACUGAUACAUGACAGGCACAAUGACCAGAAGAUCCUGGAACUCACCAACAAGAUCAUUCAGCUGCUGACUGGAGAGGUUCCUAUAAGGUGUGAGGACGUCACUGUCUAUUUCUCCAUGGAGGAGUGGGAGUAUAUAGAGGAACACAGGGGUCUGUACAAGGACGUGAUGAUGGAGAAUCACCGACCCCUCAAAUCACUGGAUGGGGCCAGUAACAGGAAUACCCCAGAGAGAUGUCCCCGUCCUUGUUAUACACAGAAUAAUACAGAGGAGAAUCACAGUGUCCCACAGGAGGGUCAGAGUGAAAUCCUAACAGAUAAUAAGGUAGAAGAUAUAAAAGAGGAAAAGGAGACGUAUGUGAUGGGUGAUCAGCAGCGUAAGGUUGAAGACACAACUAAUACAAAGGUAGAAGAUAUAAAAGAGGAAGAGGAGACGUAUGUGAUGGGUGAUCAGCAGCGUAAGGUUGAAGACACAACUAAUACUAAAGCAGAAGAUAUAAAAGAGGAAGAAGAGACGUAUGUGAUGGGUGAUCAGCAGUGUAAGGAGGAGGAAAUCCCUACAGAUAUCAGUACAGAAUGUGAGCACCAGACCAGGACUAUCUCCGAGGGACAUCUCAAUUUAUCUCCAGAUUGUGAAAGUGAAGGUCAUACCAUAAGAGAGUCUCCAGGAGAAUACCCCAUUACCCCAAAUAUACAUCCAGAACCUCACAGUGCAGAUGUAUCAUCCGAUCCCUCCAAUUCCAAGGAACAGUCCCCUGAUAAAUUGGAUAUUCAGACGCAAAGUAAAGAUCAGAGUGGUGAUACAUUAUUUUCAUGUUCUAAGUGUGGUAAAUGUUUUGCCCAAAAUGCAAAACUUAUUAUCCAUUGGAGAUGUCACACAGCUGAGAAUCUGUUUCCAUGUUUUCAAUGUGGGAAAUGUUUUACCUUUAAGUCGAACCUCGCCAGACAUCAGGCAAUCCAUACGGGAGAGAAACCUUUCUCAUGCUCUGAGUGCGGGAAAUGUUUUACAAAUAAAUCAUAUCUUGUUGAGCAUCAGAGGACUCACACAAAUAUAAAGCCAUACUUGUGUUCCGAGUGCGGGAAACGUUUUACACAGAGAACGCACCUCGUUAAACACCAGGGUACACACACGGGUGAGAAGCCGUUUCCAUGUUCUGCGUGUGGGAAAUGUUUUACACGUAAAUCAUAUCUUGUUGAUCAUCAGAAGACUCACCUAAAGGAGAGACCGCAUCCGUGUACUGAAUGUGGAAAAUGUUUUACCCGGAAAAGCUAUCUUGUUAAACACCAAAGCACUCACACAAGUAAUGAGCCAUUGUCAUGUUCUGCGUGUGGGAAAUGUUUUACGGAUAAAUCAAAUCUUGCUAUCCACGAGCGAACACACAGGGGUGAGUGGCCGUUUCCGUGUUCUGAGUGCGGGAAGUGCUUUAAACGGAGAACACAUCUCACUGCACACCAAAGCACACACACAGGUGAUCGCCCAUUUCUGUGCUCUGAGUGUGGUAAAUGUUUUACACAUAAAUCAUAUCUAAUUCAACAUCAGAGGACUCACGCAAACAUAAAACCGCACUCGUGUUCAGAAUGCGGGAAAUGUUUUAAAAGGAGAACGCACCUCGUUAAACACCAGGGCACUCACAAGGGCGAGAAGCCAUUUCCAUGUUCUGAGUGUGGGAAAUGUUUUACAGAUAAAUCAAACCUUGUUAAACACCAGAGAAUGCACAGGGGUGAGAGGCCGUAUCCAUGUUCUGAAUGCGGGAAGUGUUUUACACAGAGGACGCACCUCGUUAAACACUGCAACACUCACAGAGGGGAGAAGCCAUUUCCGUGUCCUUAGCGCGGGAAAUAAUUCACGUAAAAUGUACAUUUUGUAGAACAUAAAGGGACACGCAAUGGUAGAUAGACUUCUGCUUGCUCUAACUUCAAGUUGCAGUCACCGGUUGUUUUGCAUAUUGGAGCUUCUUCAUAAUGUUGCGUUGACCUCUCGUAUACAAGAUGGCCACGAAGUUCGUUGCUGACGAGUGAAGGCGAGAGAUCUCCCCCCACAUGCAGCUGUCUAGUGAUGCCAAAAUGCCUUUAUAGUAUAUCAUUUAGCUCCUUCAUUUUACAUAUGUAGUUUUCUUUCAUAAUGUAUGACCAAGUAUUGUUGUGGUAUGGAUCUUUCUAUUUGUG